UGAAUAUACAAACACGAAGAACCUGUCAUGACUAAUUUGUAAAACGUUUUUCGCCGGUACUUUUUCCCUGGUUAAGAAUGAAUUGCAAAGAUCUUAUCAAUCAUGACGAUUAUGGUCAUUUAAAGAAGCUUAAAACGUCACACUCGUGAUGACAAAGUAGAAUGAGCAAUGUAAAAUUAAAGAUUCAAGACGAGAUAGGCUUGAUAGAGAUCAAAAGCGGUAGGAGAGAAAAAGGAAAAAAGAAAGGGAAAAGAUCACUUAUAUCAGCUGCACAUGCGCGAAUUUGUUGCCGUUUUAUUUCUGAAGUAGAGGCCGGGCGCGUGUGCCAAACAUUUUUUAGUACGAUUUAGGCCUUUUAUCGGGUGGUGUGCAAUACUUUAUUCCUGUUGAAGGAUUCCUUAAUUAUGACAUAACUUUGUGACUCUUACUUAUUUUAAAGUGUAAUUGUUACAAGUGGAUUAUUGAUUAAUGUUAGUGAAAAUUUACUGUCAAUUAUAAUUGUAACUAUGCAAGAUGAUACAUGAGCAGAAACGAAAGAAAAUAUUUAUUCAAGGAAAAAUCGUACGAAAUUGAAAAAAAUUUUCGAUAAAUACAUUUUUAAGUACAACUAUUUAUGUAACAUAGACAAAACAGGCUGUGAAGAAUUACAUUAAAAAAUUGACGACAAUAAAUAGAAAAAUAACGUAUAAUAUAUCAUGAUAAAUAGUAUUAAUUAAGAAAAAUAUUUAUCACAUCUAAAAGACAAAUUUAAAAAAAAAAACAAAUUGAUUACAUAAUUGAGUGAAGAAAAUAAAACAAAAUAAAAAUGUACUCUAUGCAUAGAGCCGGAAAAGCCUUGACAAAGUCAAGAAGUGUUAUUCGAAUUUUCAAGGCAAAUUAUGAAACUAAUGUCCAGUAUAAACCAAUUCGAAGUAUUUUAGUAGCUAAUCGAGGGGAAAUUGCAAUUCGUGUAUUUCGAGCAUGUACCGAAUUGGGAAUCCGCUCAGUAGCUAUUUAUUCGGAGCAAGAUAAAAUGCAAACGCAUCGACAGAAAGCUGAUGAAGGUUAUAUGAUUGGACGUGGUCUUCCACCAGUGCAAGCGUACCUUAACAUUCCAGAAAUAAUAAAAAUUGCUAAAGAAAAUGGAGUUGAUGCCAUUCAUCCAGGUUAUGGAUUUUUAUCCGAGAGAUCAGACUUUGCUCAAGCAGUGGUUGAUGCAGGCAUUAGAUUUAUUGGACCUAGUCCAAAAGUUGUACAGCAAAUGGGUGACAAAGUAGCAGCCAGACAAGCUGCUAUAGAGGCUGGAGUUCCAAUUGUUCCUGGUACUGAUGGACCAGUUACUACCGCUGAAGAAGCCAUGGAAUUUUGUCAAAAACAUGGACUUCCAGUUAUUUUCAAAGCUGCGUAUGGAGGAGGUGGAAGAGGUAUGAGAGUCGUGAAAGAAAUGGAUCAAGUUGUCGAAAUGUUUGGAAGAGCAUCUUCAGAAGCUAAAGCUGCUUUUGGAAACGGUGCAUUGUUUAUAGAAAAAUUCAUUGAGCGACCACGACAUAUUGAAGUUCAGUUACUUGGAGAUACAGCCGGAAAUGUUGUUCAUUUAUAUGAGCGAGAUUGUUCUGUUCAACGUCGUCAUCAAAAAGUUGUCGAAAUAGCACCAGCUCCAAAUUUGGAUUCUAAACAACGAGAGAAGAUGACAGAUUAUGCUAUUAAAUUAGCGAAACAUGUAGGAUAUUCAAAUGCUGGAACUGUUGAAUUUCUUUGUGAUAAUAAAGGAAAUUAUUAUUUUAUCGAAGUUAAUGCUCGUCUUCAAGUAGAACACACUGUCACAGAAGAGAUUACAGGAAUAGAUUUAGUUCAAUCACAAAUUCGUGUAGCUGAAGGCAUGACAUUACCUGAACUUGGACUGACACAAGAUAAAAUAUCACCUCAGGGAUAUGCAAUUCAGUGUCGUGUUACAACCGAAGAUCCAGCUAAAAAUUUUCAACCUGAUACUGGAAGAAUCGAAGUGUUUAGAUCCGGAGAAGGAAUGGGUAUUCGACUUGACAGUGCUUCGGCUUAUGCUGGUGCCAUUAUUUCACCUUAUUAUGACUCUUUACUCGUUAAAGUUAUUGCUCAUGCUGCCGAUUUACAAUCAUCUUGCGCAAAAAUGAACCGAGCUCUUCGAGAGUUCCGAGUUCGUGGAGUUCAAACUAACAUUCCUUUCCUUCUCAAUGUUUUGGAAAAUCAAAAAUUUUUGAAUGGGAAUAUAGAUACUUAUUUCAUUGAUGAAAAUCCACAAUUAUUCAAGUUUGCUCCGAGCCAAAAUCGCGCACAAAAGUUGCUCAAUUAUCUUGGCACGGUACUCGUUAAUGGACCCAGUACUCCUUUAGCCACCCCACUGAAACCUGCUGAAAUUAAACCUCAUAUUCCUCCACUUAACGUUGACUAUUCUAAAAUUCCAGAGCUUGACAACGAAGAUGUGGAUAUUACAGAUAUUUUGAAGCCACCAAAAGGACUGCGGGAUAUAUUAUUAGAAAAAGGACCAGAAGGUUUUGCUAAAGCAGUACGUGAGCACAAAGGCCUGUUAUUAAUGGAUACCACAUUCAGAGAUGCACAUCAGUCUCUUCUAGCCACUCGUAUUAGAACACAUGAUCUCUUGAAUAUUUCACCAUACGUCGCGCACAAUUUUUACAAUCUUUACUCUCUCGAAAAUUGGGGUGGUGCUACGUUUGAUGUUGCACUGAGGUUUUUACAUGAAUGUCCUUGGGAAAGAUUAAUAGAUAUGAGGAAAGCAAUUCCAAAUAUUCCUUUCCAAAUGCUUCUAAGAGGUGCUAAUGCCGUCGGUUAUACCAAUUAUCCUGAUAAUGUUGUAUAUAAAUUCUGUGAUCUAUCAGUUCAAUGUGGAAUGGAUAUUUUCCGAGUAUUUGAUUCACUUAAUUAUCUGCCAAAUCUUAUUUUGGGUAUGGAAGCAGCUGGAAAAGCUGGUGGUGUUGUAGAGGCAGCCAUAUCAUAUACUGGAGAUGUAAGUGAUCCAAAGCGUACUAAAUACAGUUUAAAAUACUAUACAGAUCUAGCUGAUGAAUUAGUAAAAGCAGGUACUCAUGUAUUAUCUAUUAAAGAUAUGGCUGGAUUAUUAAAACCUAAAGCAGCAGGUAUACUUAUUGAUGCUAUCAGACAACGACAACCAGACAUUCCAAUUCAUAUCCAUACUCAUGAUACUGCCGGUGCUGGAGUCGCUUCAAUGCUUGAGUGUGCUAAAGCUGGUGCUGAUGUUAUUGAUGUUGCUGUCGACAGCAUGUCAGGUAUGACAAGUCAGCCAUCUAUGGGUGCGGUUGUUGCAAGCCUUCAAGACACACCUUAUGAUACUAAUUUCGAUUUGAAAAAUGUAUCGGAGUAUUCUGCCUAUUGGGAACAAACUCGAACACUUUAUGCGCCCUUCGAAUGUACAACUACAAUGAAAUCUGGAAAUGCAGACGUUUACUUAAAUGAAAUCCCCGGUGGCCAAUAUACCAAUCUACAAUUUCAAGCUUAUUCUUUAGGACUUGGUGAAUUUUUUGAAGAUAUUAAAAAAGCUUACCGAGAAGCUAAUCUUCUUUUGGGUGAUAUUAUUAAAGUUACACCAAGCUCUAAAGUUGUUGGUGACUUUGCACAGUUUUUGGUUCAAAAUAAAUUAACUCCUGAAGAUGUAAUGAAUAGAGCAGAGGAAUUGUCAUUUCCUAAAUCUGUUGUGGAAUUCUUUCAAGGUGCUAUUGGUGAGCCCCAUGGUGGUUUUCCGGAGCCUUUGAGGUCUAAAAUACUUAAGGAUAUGCCCAGAGUAAAAGGGAGACCUGGUGCAAGUCUUGCACCUCUAGAUUUUUGUGAAUUAGAAAAGAAACUGAGAGAAACUUAUCCAACUAUUACAGAAAAAGACAUCAUGUCAGCUGCCCUUUAUCCUCAAGUUACAAAUGAUUACUUGAAAUUUAAAGAUACGUUUGGACCAGUUGAUAAGCUUGAAACUAGAAUAUUUUUGACUGGUCCAAAAGUUGGAGAAGAAUUCGAUGUGACUAUUGAAAAAGGUAAAACGUUAGCUAUUAAAACACUUGCAAUGGCUGAAGAUCUCACAGUAAAUGGAGAGCGUGAAGUUUUCUUUGAACUCAAUGGACAGCUUAGAUCUGUUUUUAUUAAAGAUAAAGAAGCUGUAAAGGAACUUCAUAUUCACCCUAAGGCUGAUAAAUCAAAUAAAGACCAAAUAGGAGCUCCAAUGCCAGGAACAGUAAUCGAUAUUAGAGUCAAAGUUGGAGAUACAGUAGAAAAAGGUGCUGCCCUCGUUGUUAUUUCAGCUAUGAAGAUGGAAAUGGUUGUUCAAGCGCCUAAAGCUGGGAAAAUUAAGACUCUAGAUGUUGCUCUAAAUACUAGAAUAGAAGGAGAAGAUCUGCUUCUUACCAUGGAAUAAAUCGAUAUUGUUGAAAAAACUAAGAAUUUUUUUAUUGUACCUAUUUUUUAUUGACGUAAAAUUUAUAUUGAUAUGUAUAUAUAAAAUAGAGCAGUCUAUUGUUAUUAAUA